AUGCAAGCUGCAUCUUCAGAAUUGCCCGCAGAAAUUGAAGAUAAGGAUAAAGAAGCGACCCGGAUAAUUAUUGCUCAAGUAAGCCUACUGAUUAUAGCACUAACAGAGGACAAUUUUGCUGAUAGCGAAAAAAAAAUAGGACAUUUGCUUGAUAAGUCCAGUACGGUAGCAUACAUCAAAUAUUGGAAGAAAUUAAUAACUAUCUGUUCUAGGGACUUCGGGCCGGAUAAAAAAGCAAAUCAGGAGAAUAAUUUAGUUCACAGGUUAUUAUUGAAGCUUUUCGAGUCAAUACCAUAUAAAGCUCCAAAAAUCAUUGAUCUUUUGAAUCUGCAUAUUUUUUAUAACGACUCUUUUUUUGACUCUAUUGGAAGUAGUGCAAAAGAUUUAGUUACGUUCUUCAAUAUCGAAGACCACAGCCGUAUUUUAUUUUUACUGAUUCCAAGUUUGGCCAUAGAGUAUUUCCAAUUCAAAAAUUUUGUCAAAAUGAAUAACUCUAGGUACUUCGAAACGACAGUUUUACAAGGAGCCUCGACUAGUUUGAAGGUCAAUCUUUCGCAAGUAUUUCUAUCACUAGAGGGCGAGAACCUCAAUGACAUGAUAGCGCUUAUACUGUCAGAAAUUCUAUCUCCAGGUUCGCAGGGGAUUCAGCAGGCACCUGCAUCAGGUUGGUUUACACCAUCGAAUAUAUUAGCGGCCACGGAAAUUGGAAAUAUCGUUUUCGGAUGUUUGGAUAAGAUUCCAAAGGAGACCAUGGAUUGGAACCGUAUUUUUAACCUCAUGUCAACAAAAUAUUUCUUGAUGAACGCUGUCAAACCAACUUUAGCAUCUUUGAGCUCGCUUUUAUCAUGUUUGAGAUACGGUUAUCUUUUGGAUCAAUUUUUUACGUGUGAUUGGGACAUAAAUUUCAAAUUAGAGUUGGCAUACUAUGUGCACAAAUGGAAUAUUGCGGAUGGUUGCUUUGAUAUCUUGACUGCGGAAGGUACCAAAAAGGUUACAGAUUUAAUUCCUAAUCCUAAGAAUUCCUUGCUUUAUCUUAUGUCUGUUGCAACACUGGAUCUGGAACUUUUUCUACUAAGAGAUGAAUUAGUAAAUAAUCAAAUGCUACCUUAUUAUCAAGAGUGCUUUUUUGAGGAUUUCAAUUAUGUCCCUGAAUAUCUAGCAUUUGCACUUCUGAAUGAUAUCAAACGUUUUAUUCUCCUAACUGAAAACAAAAACGUCAUUGAUGAAAUUUUGGUCACAUUACUAGUUCAAGUUUUUGAAAAGACGCCUACGGUACUGGGCAUAUUGGUUAGGCAACUGCCCGAUGAUGCGAGAAUUGUUGAAGCUGGAAAGAUCAUAUUGAGUAAGGAAGGCAGGGCGUCAGCAGAUUUUGCGAAGAUUUUACGUGACGACGGUAAACUAGCAUAUUUCAUUGAGAAUGUUUCCUUCCAGGAGUCCUUGAGAAUAUUGCCUUGUGCAUGCAAAUUAGGGUGGCAAAACUUACCACUUCAUAUAAAGAGUCAUUUAAACACCGAAACGGCAUCUCAGGUUCUGGACUGUUUAGAUGUUCAAACGAGAAUUUCAGAUAUCAGCUCACCAUUCACGUCCUCAAACAUAUUUGACCUACAAUCCUUGCAUUUCCUGGUAACUUCCUUAAUGAAGCUGCCGCUGAAAAAGGAAGAUCGCCAAAGAUUUGAGUCUAUUCAGUUUUCCCUGAUAAUAACAUUCCCUAGACUUAUCAACUUUGGUUUUGGUCAUGAUGAUGCUAUACUUGGCAAUGGUCAAUUGACACCAAUCUCGAAUGAGAUAGAGAAAGAAAUGCAAGAUUACCUUCAAAAAAUGUACAGUGGAGAACUUGCCAUCAAAGAUAUAAUUGACAUCUUAAGGGACUUCAGAGAUAGUGAUGUAGGUCGAGAUCAGGAUGUCUUCGCAUGUAUGACGCAUGCUGUGAUUGCUGAAUCUAGUUUCUUUAGAGACUAUCCUCUGGAUGCCUUAGCAACCACGUCUGUUCUUUUCGGUUCCAUGAUUUUAUUCCAGUCGCUACGGGGUUUCGUAUUAGAUGUUGCAUUUAGAAUUAUUUUAGGGUUUGCCAAAGAGGGUCCAGAGUCAAAAAUGUUCAAAUUUGCUAUUCAAGCUAUUUAUGCUUUCAAAAUUCGUUUAUCGGAUUAUCCAAAUUAUAGCAGGGAUUUACUGGAAAAUGUUCCGGGUCUUCAAUCUCAGCCGCAAGUAUAUCAAUCAGUUUUAGAAGCAUCUUUGAAAGGUAGAGAAUUGAAUAAAGAUGCAAAUUUAUUGUCUGGUGUAAAUCCCGAAUUGAUUUCGUCGAAAUACUUGAAUGUUGAGGAGCCAAAGACUACUGUUGCUCAAGAAAAUCCACCUAAAGAGAUCGUUGAAAAAGUACUUUUCGUCGUGAACAACAUCACUAUGGAUAACUUCGACGUAAAAAUUACAGAUUUGAAAUCAGUGUUAACUCCAAACUAUUUUUCAUGGUUUUCAAACUACCUCGUUAAUCAGAGGGCAAAAA